UUAGAAACACGCUGAAAUUGUCAUUCUGUUAGUAAGCACGUGUGAGAGUGAGUGUUAAUUGUUACAACCAUGGCCUUCAUGAUGCCCGUUGUGAAGAACGAUUGGGACAUUUACAAGUCCAAUCGUUCUCGCAGGACCUCCGAGUGCUCCAAUCCGACAUCCUGUCGUUCCCGCAAAGUGUCGGAAUGCAAGAGCGAAGGGCCCAGUCUGUCCACCUCUCCAGGAUCGGACUACAUGGUCUCGCCCACCCAUCGCAGUGUGCCUGCCAACAUGUCCCGACAGUACUCCAGGACCUCACAGAGCAGUCUCCAGAGUCCCAUCAAGAGCACCUCCUCGUCGCCACCAAAAAACGGCUCCGAGACAAGUCUCAACAAGUUCCACAACAGGCUUUUGGACAAGUUGAAGAAGUCGCUCAGGAGUAAAGAUGCAGAAAGUGAAAGAACGAGUUCCUGAGACGAGGAGCCAAAGGACUCCACCUCCUAGAAAGUGAGGACGAUUUUAGAGUGACUGCGACCGUGCUAACCGAACUGCGACUACGUAUGUUCAGGUAUAGCAAUUGGUAAUAUUGCCCUGUGAUAUGUAGCGAAAUUUUAGAUUAUUUAGAUUAUAUUAGGGUUUUCUGGAGGCUAGCUCGGUCGAUUUUUAAUCAAUGACUUAUUGUUGUCAUCAAAAAGUAGAUAUUUAUGUGGUUAUAUUACUGAAAGACUGCUGGGAGGAAAUUAGGAGUUUUUAAAUGAAAUAUUAUAUUAAACUUAAGAGCCUAUAUUUGCUUGUUAUAUAAAGUCUGCUCCAAAUUGCUGCGAGUUUCAAAUUUCAGCAAUUUGGAGCAAAUACAAGAAUAUUACAUAGUUUAUAAGCAAUUGUAAUGAGGGAAUGAAAAAUCUCUCAUCUAGUGGAACAUUCCAAAAUCGAAAUAGUUUUGCAGUCAUAUCUAACGAAUUACACGUACAAUAAAUAAUACUUAAUACGAGGACCAUUUGGUACCUACAUUGUGAAUUAUUAAUUCUACGUACACUUAUACAAAUGUGUUCUAUACAAAUUGCGCCCUUUGUAUUGUAAUCUUUUGCUACUUAUAUGGAACGAAUUUGUAUGUAAUAUGGAGAAAUAAACCUUGCCUUAUGGCCGUGUGUUAUUACAA